AUGGAUGACGAGCACAUGACGGAUAAAUGUGAUGAGUCUUCGCAAUCAGACGCUCCGAUGAAGAACGAAGCCGGCUUCCACCGAGACUUUGACGUCCAGCACCCGGGCGAUGUCAUCCUGCGGAGCGACCAGGACACCUUCUUCUACUUCAGUCAAGAGAUCUUAAAGGACAUAUCCCCCUUCUUCCGAUACAACACAUCGCCCACGCCCCAGGCCAACGCGAACUCGCCUCGGAUCAUCCCUGUACCGAAUAUCUCCGACGCCGGGCUCCGGCUCUUCCUCAUGACGUGCGGAACCUCCGAAUGCAGCUUCACACACGAGUAUGAAGAUCCCAAGGAGGACGCCGGAGAGAUACUCGACGCAGCAGUACUCGCCCGCGAUCUGUUCGCCCCACAGCGCUUCGAGACCGAUAGCGCCGUAAUCAGAGAAUGCAUGGUGAAACAUGCUCCUCAGCAUUGGUCAGACUUGGUCGACUUCCACAAAAGGCGCGCUUCCGCACCGGAGCGAUUUCGGAAUAUGAUCGUCAGCAAGAUCGACGCUGGCAUGUUCACCCACAAAUGCCUCAACAAAGGCGAAGGGAAAUGGAUCCGUGCCCUAUUGCAGACCGCAAAGAGUACUGUCGAGGCAGUCGAAGCUGUCAUCGGACCUCGCUGGGGAUCGGUAUACUGGGAUCUCGACGAACCAAAGCCAUACGAGGUGGAACACGCUUGCUGUCAGCGUCGGAUCAAACGCAUAUUCCGCCCGUACGAGGACUGGUUCGAACGGACGAUCCGCGAGUACCGUCUGCCGGGCAACGAUUACACCCGGCUUCCCGAUUACGUCCUGUUGGGCGGUGGCGGGCCGCCGGGGAUGAAAUUGCUUUACGAGGCGCAUAAUUGA